AUGUGCGUUGAAGGUAUCUUUCCGGACGUGGUUGGGCUCUCAUAUCGGUCUGGGACCCAUGAAGGCGUCACAACCGACCUAUUCAAGAUUUUUUACGAACCAGGAGCUAAUAUCACAUUCUCUAUUGGCGAUAUUGUACUUGGUGAGAGUGUUGGCAAGGAUUACAUCUCCGUCUUCGAUCUUGUACCUCCUGGAACUCCAGCGUUCGAUCCCAAAGUGAUAAAUCGGGCGAGGCUCCUCUUCAGUCUUUCCUCUGCACAGGGAUUCGAAAGCCCAGUCGUCAUCGACGGACAGACUCGAGAUGUUGUUGGCGAAUAUGCUUGGAAGAUCAACUUAGACUCCGAUAACACAUCUGAUCUCGAUGACGCCCUCUUCUGCAUUUGCAGCAAGCUCGACAUCCCAUAUAAAACCGUGUCCCAUACACGGAAUCACCUGCGAAGGGCUGCGGCCGGCUUCAAGGUGAUGCGAGACAUUCCCAUCCCAACGCGCGACGGUGGCAAUAUACUCGGCGAUGUUUAUUUACCACUUCAGCAUAGGAAGAGAUUUCCCGUUCUAAUGAGUUGUACGAUUUACGGAAGACGCGUCUUCUACUCUGGUCCUGAUCUAGACGACGAGGAUGACAUCGCUGCCUUCGAAAAGGCAGAGGAUGAGUGGCAUUCGACCGCGGAAGAUGUUCCUGUUCGAGUCCCACGAGGCUCGUGGAGCCCCUCGUGGGAGGCGCAGAGAGGGUUUGAGAAUAUUGCAACCUUCAACACAUUUACUUACGUGCCCCAUGGAUAUGCCAUGGUCAAAGUUGAUCCUAGGGGCGUGUCGCAGACUCCAGGGAUAAGAGGUGUACCCGGAGAGCUAACACAAAAUUUCUAUGAUGCUGUUCAGUGGGCCACCGAGCAGAGUUGGAGCAAUGGAAACAUUGCACUGGUUGGGAGUUCAUACGGAGCAAAUGUCCAGUGGAAUGUCGCGAGUUUAAGGCCCAAAGGGUUGAAAUGUUUCGUACCCUAUGCGACCGAUAUUGAUCUAUACCGCGAUGCAGCUUAUAUUGGAGGCGUUCCGGCCGGCCAUUAUAUCGCUGAUUGGUACCGUCGAGUUCAACUCUGCUCCCCAAAGUGGACCGAUCAUCAGGACAUCUUAAGCAUUAUGAAGGACCACCCAUGUUAUGAUGGACUCUGGGAUAUGAUGAAAUCAAAGCCAGGGCCAAUGGACGUCCCUUGCUUUCUUGCUGCUGCUCAGAUUUUCAUGGUUCAUGGUCGAGGUGCCUAUGAGGCCUGGGGCAGCCGAAAUCCUGAUAAUACACAUCUUCAGCUCGUGGAUUGCAAUUAUUAUCCAUUGCCGAGCCGUGAGGCAUCAGGGAAGAUUUUGCAGUUUCUUGACCAUCACCUCAAGGGAACUAAAUACCCGAUUCCAGAGCGGGUUGGCAUUCAAAUGCGACUCGGUUACAAACAGUGGUACUGGCGAAAAGAGAGCGACUGGCCUGUCCCUGGCACUCGUUACUCCAAAUGGCACCUUCGAUCCGACGGCACCGUGUCAACUGAAGCGGAAAAUAGCCCAGAAGUCCAAUUUGCUUAUGCCGCCCGUGUCCCACCAAGUGGCAAGUCCGGGGAAAGCUUUCACUCCGCCCCAUUCGAGGACGACAUCGAAUUCGCCGGUCAUUUCAAAGCAGUCUUAAGUAUCUCCGCAAAUGUCCCGGAUGCAGACUUCGUGGUCAUGCUAUGGGCAGUGAACGAAGAUGGAAGCGUGGUACCCUAUAGUUCCAAGGGGGAGCCUGAGCCCCUCGCCAAAGGUUUUCUUCGAGCAAGCCAUCGGCAGACUGAUCCUUUGAGAAGUACGCCCGAGCGGCCCUGGCAUACUCACACUCGCGAGGACAAUGCCCCACUGCAGCCGAACGAGGUGGUCCAGCUCGACAUCGAAGUACUUCCAGCCGCCGCAAGAAUCCGCAAAGGGUGGAGCCUUCGCGUGGAUAUCUGUCCUUCAGAGUAUCAGCCGAAUAUUCCUAGAUAUAACCCUGCUAAAAUGCGGGAAUGGUAUGGUGAGAUGCACCAUGAUGAUGGUGGAGUUAACGCGAUCCACGUCGGAAAUGGACGGCCAAACUAUAUUGUUUGCCCCGUUGUGCCGCUGGUGGAGGGCUACCGAAAUUUAAUCCAAUAA